CAGAGAAUCAACACCGCAGCCCGCCGAACCGUAUCUGCAUCGCGACCGCCAUCUCCCGCCUCAAUUGCCUCCACCGAAGCGCAUCCGACCGCGCGGCUGACAUUCUCGGCCUGAUCUCCUCGCAAUGGCUGGCGGGCACAUGAAAUACCGCCAUCUGAGCCGCAAAUCUUCGCAUCGACAGGCGCUGCUCCGGAACCUCGUCACAUCGCUCUUCGAGAACGAGUCAAUAUCGACAACAUGGCACAAGGCAAAGGAAGCGCAGCGGCUAGCGGAGAAGCUGGUCACGUUGGGCAAGAAGAACACGGAGGCCAGCAGGAGGAGAGCGCACCAGAUAUUCUAUCGACCGAUCGAGAUGGUACCCAAACUAUUUGGCCCAAUACGGGAGCGCUAUGCAGAAAGACCGGGAGGAUACACGCGUGUUCUUCGCAUAGAGCCGCUGAAGGAGGAUCAGGCCGCUUCUGCAAUUCUCGAGCUCGUCGAUGGACCUAAGGACAUGCGGUUUGCAAUGACGGCACGAACUUUGGCGAACGUACGACGGAACAAGCACGCAGUCAACGAAAUCACGCAAACAAAUAUCGACAAAGUCACCAGAUACAGGAAGAAUGGAGAAGAGGAGUUGGAAGAGCUGACCGAGAAAAUGGAGGAGCUCUUAGAUAGAGAAGCCACAAAAGGACCUCCUGCAGUGACAAAACGAAAGGUGUAUCCGAAAGAAGAAGUCCGAACACACGCAGGCUUUUUCUAAGGAGGCCGCGCAAUGUAUCACCUGUAUCUACUAUCAGUGCUGUAAGAAUAUCCCAGGGCGUAGAAAUGGGAUCUCUUUGGUCUAUGAGCUUUUCACUUGUUAGAAUCCCUCAAGGGCAGAUAUGAUGCUCCCAGUCGCAUGGCAUGAUCCUCGUAUAUACACAUGUGUAGAGAGAGGGUCUGGUCCCAGUCCGUGCUUAGAUCUAAAUGCAUCGCCCUCCGUCCACUUCCAGAUUGACUCCUGUAAUAAACUUUGCUUCAUCACUAGCAAUGAAGAGACAAGCCGACGCAACAUCUUC